UUCGUUUCUAUGCAACGAGACACUGAGUUUACAAAUGGCCGACAUAUAGUAAAGACCAUCACAAAAAUAUUUUUCAAAAUAAACUCUUCCUUAUCUGUAAUCCUGGUAAAACUACAGUACUCAAAAUGGCAGUCAGUCUUGAAGAAUAUUUUAGAACAACGUUUGAAGACAAACUGUUGGUUAAGAUGCCUGAGCGGGAGGAUGAUCAUCUUACACCAGCAACACGGCUACUGGAAAAGAGACGAGAAAUGGCGGAGGUUGAACAAGCCCUUGCAGCACAGAAAGAGGAAUUUCAAAUGAAAAUGGAAAGUUUGCAGCAACGAAGAGAAGAGCUGGAGCGAAAAGAAUGUCUACUAAAAAAGAAUCUCCUUCAGUUUGACAAAUUUUUAAAGGACAAUGAUUCCAAGAAGGCUAGAGCUGUGAAAAAGGCAAACGAUGAAAGAGAAAUGAAGAGACAGAAGGAAAAAGAGAUUGAAAAGUUAGAUAUAGACACCAAAGAACUCGAAACCAACAAAAAAAAGUUGCUCAGAAAACUGGAAAACUACAAGGUGUUUCACAAGUAUAUGGAAAAGACGCUGGAGAGAGGAGAGGAGUUCCAUGAGAUGAGAGAUGUUAUUGCUAGAUAUGACACACUCACUGCUACACAUGAGGACUUACUGAAAAGUGAGCAGAAAAAUCAGGAUGUCAUAGAAAAACAUAGGCAAAACCUUAUGAAGUAUAUAGAGGAAAAAGACAACGAGAUCCUGUCUUAUAACAACCAGUUGUCGAGUCUGCAAACACGUCUUGAUGUUGCACAGAGUGAGGCUGUGAAGUGGGAGUCACAGUGGACACACAUUAAAAAUACUGCAGCUAAGAAAACACUCGAACUGGGAAGAAUUAAGAUGGCCACACAUAACUUGUACCAGCUGGUUAAACGACACCAAAGGCAGGCUGCCCAAGCAGAUGAAACACCAGAGCAGUUGACUCAGAUCCAGAUGUUCCUGGAGGAUCUGAACGACAUUGUGAGGGACCUGAAGCGUAUGGACACCAUGACUACCUCUAUGGGCAUCACCUCCUCCAGCUAGUCUGCCACAACCCCCUCCCCCUAGUUUCAUGAUACACUAUACACAUGACAUUAACAUUAAGCGUUUUUGUUUCAGUUGGUUAAAUUUAUUUACAAAUAAAGAUACCAUCACAAUCAUUGCACCAUGUUAUGUAUUUUUACCUGAGCAUAGCUGGUUUCAGCUGAAUGAAGAUAGGUCAUUUAAAAAGUGUUUGUACAAUAGAAAUUAGUUUUAGCCUGAACAAUUUACAUUUAUGAAAUAUUUAACUUUAUUAUGCCACUCUUUGAAGAAGUAGGGGUAUAUUGUUUUGCUGGCUGUCUGGCAGUAGACCAGUCUGAAUGUCGGUACACCAGUUCGUUUCCGAUCAAUAACUCUUCAACCAAUUGACCGAUUGGCUUGACACUUCACAUGUGCAUUGGCCUUUGACAGUAGAUGACCCCUUUUUAGAUUGGGGUCACUAGGUCUAAGGUAAAGGUCACUAUCACAUUAAGUGUGAAAAUCGUUUCCAAUCAACAAACUGUCGGAUUGGCUUGAUACUUCACAUGUGCAUUGGCCUUGGACAGUAGAUGUCCCCUAUCGAAAUUUAGGUCACCACGUCAAAGGUCAAGGUCAUUAUUACACUAAGUGUGAAAUUUGUUUCCGAUCAAUAACUCGUCAACCAAUUGACUGAUUGGCUUGAUAUUUCCCAUGUGCAUUGGCUUUGGAGGUAGAGGACCUGUAUUUAAAUUGGGGUCACUAAGUCAAAGGUCAAGGUCACUAUAACACUUAAGUGUUAAAAUCGUUUCGAAUCAAUAACUUGUCAACAAAUUGACAGAUUGGGUUGAUACUUCACAUGUGCAUUUGCCUUGGACAGUAUAUAAACCCUAUUGAAUUAGAGGUCGCUAUCUCAAAGGUCAAGUUCACUAUCACACUGAGUGUGAAAAUCUUUUCUGAUCAAUAACUCGUCAACUAAUUGACAGAUUGGCUUGAUACAUCACAUGUGCAUUGGCCUUGGACAGUAGAUGACCCCUAUCGAAAUUUAGGUCACCACGUCAAAGGUCAUGGUCACUAUUACACUAAGUGUGAGAAUUGUUUACCAUCAAUAACUCGUCAACCAUUUGACUAAUUGGCUUGAUACUUCCCAUGUGCAUUGGUCUUGGACAGUAGAGGACCUGUAUUGAAAUUGGGGUCACUAGGUCAAAGGUCAAGGUCACUAUUACACUAAGUGUUAAAAUCGUUUCCAAUCAAUAACUUGUCAACAAAUUGACAGAUUGGCUUGAUACUUCACAUGUGCAUUUGCCUUGGACAGUAAUGACCCCUAUUGAAUUUGAGGUCACUAUCUCAAAGGUCAAGGUCACUAUCACACUAAGUGUGAAAAUUGUUUCUGAUCAAUAACUCGUCAACUAAUUGACAUAUUUGCUUGAUACUUCACAUGUGCUUUGGCCUUGCACAGUAGAUGACCCCUAUUGAAAUUGAGGUAAAAGGUCAAGGUCACUAUUACACUUAGUGUGAAAAUUGUUUCCGAUCAAUAACUCGUCAACCAAUUGACUGAUUGGCUUGAUAUUUCACAUGCGCAUUGGCCUUGAACAGUAGAUGACCCCUAUUGAAAUUGGGGUCACUAUGUCAAAGGUCAAGGUCACUGUUACACACUAAGUGUGAAAUUGUUUCUGAUCAAUAACUUGUCAACUGAUUCACCGAUUGGCUUAAUACUUCUCAUGUGCAUUAGCUUUGGACAGUAGAUGACCCCUUUUGAAAUUGGGGUCACUAGGUCAAAGGUCAUGGUCACUGGCACAAUUUAUGGGAAAAGUGUUUCUGAUCAAUAACUCGUCAACGAAUUGACUGAUUGGCUUCCAUGCGCAUUGGCUUUGGACAGUAGAUGACUGCUAUGGAAAUUGGGGUCACUAUGUCAAAGGUUAAGGUCACUUUCACAAUAGGUGUGAAAAUUGUUUUUGCGGAAUAACUCAUCCACAAAUUGACCGAUUGGCUUGAUGCUUCACAUGCCCAUAGGCCUAUGACAGUAGGUGACCCCUUUUGAAAUUGGGGUCACUGGUUCAAAGCCCUGUUUGUGAGAGGGGCAUAUGUCUCCGACCGCAGAAUACUUGUUAUCUUAUUAUUGAUAGGGUAAAUACUAAAGAAUUCAUGGCUAGCAAUCUGAGCAGGGUUGUUUUAGAACAAGAACUUGGCCGAUAUUAGGAACAAAGACACCACUUGUAAAUUAGAUUUUGAAAAAUUUGAGAAUUUAUUUAUUAAUACUGCUGACAACACUUUUGUGAGACCUGUCAUCAUCCAAUUGCAACAGUUUAUCAUGCCAUUGCAUCUACAUCUCUACAUGCUUCGUGACAUUUCUGGCGGCCUAUGCUUGCAGAUCCAGUUAUUCAUACAGGACCUCAACCAGAUCACCAAUGAAAUCAAGAGAAUGGAGUUGUCUGGAACCUCGAUUAUCCCUCCUUCCUCAAGCUAAACAUGCAGAUCUUUUUGUUCUUGUAAAUAGAACUGUGCAUGCAAGUUGAUGUAAGCUCUACAUUGACUUGCAUUGAUGCUUACAGCCUGUAUAUCAGAUCAAAAUGUUGUAAAUCACCCUUUUUGAAAGUUUAGGUUAAUGUUUAAAUUUAUGUUGACAGAAUGUUAAAGUUUGACCAUAUUCAUGUUCUUAUUAUUAAAAGGUGGUAGGCAAAGCUAGCUUGUUUACACUAUUUUUCAGUUUUGUUUCCAAUCAAUCAGGCUUGAUGAUAGUCAAGUCAAUUUAUUGACUUGACUAUAGCUCAGUUUUUAUGCCCCCGGAUUGAAAGAUCGGGGGUAUAUUGUUUUUGGCCUGUCUGUCAUUGCAUGUGUCCGUGUGUGUAUCCCAAAACUUUAACCAAAACUUCAACCUUCUUCAUAACGUUUGCAAUAUUGAACGUAGCAAACGUUUGCAAUAUUGAACGUAGCAACUUGAUAUUUGGCAUGCAUGUGUAUCUCAUGGAGCUGCACAUUUUGAGUGGUGAAAGGUCAAGGUCAUCCUUCAAGGUCAAAGGUAAAAAAAAAAGCGGCGCAUUAGGGGGCAUUGUGUUUCUGACAAAACAUCUCUUGUUUUUAUUUUACAUUUCAAGGUAUAUAUCUACAAUAUUGUAUGCGUGCUUGAUUCUGUAUCAUGCCAAGAACUAUGUUUUGAAUUAUUUUUAGCAUUUGAUCAUUGAUUUCAUAUAAUUUUGCUGUUAUGUUAUUAUAACUGUUUAAAAUAUUUUUUAAAUGUGAUAUGGCAUAUUCUGUAAAUCUAUUAAUAUAAUUUCAAAAUACAUGCCAACUGGUAAUCAGCAA